UCUGCGAACUUCCAACCGCGCUAUAACUAUCACACUUAACACCUGUAAGGGAAAAACACCUACGAUGUUAACACUGACGUGUUUAGUUUAAAAAUGAGUUGUCACAAGUGAUAAAGCAGCUCCCAAGACGUCCCUAGCCAUUUUAUUAACAUGAAACUCGCCUCGGCUGACGUCACCGAGCCAUCUUUGUCCAGCUAAUCCUAACUGUAUGUUAUACCUUCAUCACGGCUCGGUCUCCCGUCACCUACAGUAACAGUCUGCUGCUGCAGUCAUAUACGAAGAGGAAAAGGGGUGUUUUAAUAGCUAAGUGGACAUUUCUCGACCGAGGACCCAAACCAGUGCCCCUCCUCGGCUAUAUAGGCAGGGAACGCCAGGCUAAGCAUCCAAAGGGUGCCACAAGGCUAGAGAGGAGCGCACAAGGCAAUCCACAUCCAUCUGCCAGCCACUUAGCACACGCUAACAUUUCCAGCCCGGAUUUCAGCACAGCUGUCUAGCCAACACUACCACAAAAAAUGUCUGCCCCAGCUGGAGCCCCUGCACCAGAGGGAGGGAGUCAGGCUCCUCCUAACCUCACCAGUAACCGCCGUCUGCAGCAGACACAGGCACAGGUGGACGAGGUGGUGGAUAUUAUGCGUGUAAAUGUGGAUAAGGUUCUGGAGCGUGAUCAGAAGCUGUCCGAACUGGACGACAGGGCUGACGCUCUGCAAGCUGGAGCCUCUCAGUUUGAGACCAGCGCUGCAAAACUGAAGAAUAAGUACUGGUGGAAGAAUGCUAAGAUGAUGAUUAUCCUGGGUGUGAUAUGCGUGAUUGUCCUCAUUGUCAUUAUUGUGUACUUCAGCACCUAAGAAGAGUCACUUCCUACCCCAGUCUAAUCCCAACGACCUUGCUUCAGAAGGAAACCCGAAAUUCAUGACAAAAGGAAUCACAGAUAAUGAGUCAAUGUAUCUUUCCCGAUUGGCUUCAAUAGAACACCCCUAAACCCUUCAGAGCCAUACGGUUCAGUCAUUUCCACCACCUCGCCUCUGGACCCCUGUCAAAUAUUUGUCCCGUGAGUGUGCGGCCCCGCGUCCCGUUCCGGGUCCUCUCGGCUUCUCUAACCUGCCAUAACGAGAGCCAAACAUUUGUGACGAUGCAACAGCAGAAAAGGAAACUGAUUGGCAAUGAUAAUUGUUACAAGACUGAUCUAUAUCUAGUCAUUUGUAGAGUUUUAUUCUGAUAUAUACUGUUUUGUAGGUGUGCGUGCGAGUGUGUGCAUUUUGUAUUUUUUAAGUUUUGUAUUCAUUUUCUGUAUGCUUCAGCGUCAACUACUGCCUAAUAAUCCAAGUGUGUAUCUUGCAUGUUCUAGUCACCCGUCCGUCCCCCGCUUACUCUUUGUUUCGCUGUAUUUCUGAAACGGCGGCAACAAUCGAGUGAGCCGCAGAACUGAAAUCUGUUUGGAUUUUUAGCUGUCGCAAUCUCCAGGUUGAAAUCACUUGAGGUUCAUUCAGGUCUAAGUUAUUGCUCACAGGUAUUGAUCAACACAAAGUAACGCGUGAAUUUUUCCACUAUCGCUUGGUUAUUAUUCCCCGUCCUUUAAAUCUGACCGUUGCAUCUCCUCUGAAGGUCUUUUCCCUUCCCACGUUUCUCUUUUAAUGUCUGUUUAUGUCCUCAGCUCUCCGGCCGUCUCCCUCGUGUCUUGCAGCAUGCUUGAAUGCCCAAUCGUUUUAAAACUGCCAUAGUACCGUUGGACCAAUGUCUGUAGGUGUUUCUUUCUUUUCUUUUUUUUUUUUUAAAUUAAGUACGUAGUGUCUUAUUUCGAAAACAUUCCUUCAUUGCAGUCUAGUGCAAAAUGCUCUUACUGUAGCACAUGUGUAAUCGCAAGUAUAUGUCAAGUGCGCAAUGAAACUAAAGGCUGAAGUCAGUCAUUCAAACAACUGGGAAAAAAAAUACGAUAAGGUCUAAGGGUGAAUUUGGUGGGAAGCAGCAUUAGGAUGUCAUCUUGUGGUAGGAAUCAUUUAUGUUGGCUACUACAACUAACAUGCUCUUGUCAGGUUUGUAACUGGUUUUAGUGGCACCAUCACAGACAUGAAUCUUAAUUUCCCAUGUCAAACUGGCACACAUUAAAAGGCCUUGGCAUCUACUUUUAGUUACUGUCGGUCAAAAGAACGGAAGCAGUUGAAAGUGCACUGAACCAGCUUGUUUUUGAUGGCGCUACCACACUGGGCUAUAUAACCGGGCCGAACGUGUGCAGCCACACCUCCAUAUGAAGAGCACAUGAAACAGUUCAGCCUUGCUUGCAUGUUAAAAAGGCCCCGCAAUUGACUUUUCAAAACUUAUUAAAACAAAUCAAAGAAAAAAAUCAGAGCAUUCCUUGGUUGUCCCUAUGGUUCUGCAUCCAUAAAUGUAAUAGAUUCUAUUUUUUAUUAUAGUGUAUUUUUGUGUGAAACAGACAGACGAAGAGGAAAUUCCUCUCCUUCUGUCUGGCGUGUGCGUUUCCUUUUUAUAAUUCCGCUGUGUGCGUUAUACACUGCCAAGCAACAAGCUGCUGAGGGGGGGAGCUUCUCUUGUUCAUUGCACUUGUCUGUCACGGCGCCCUUUCGUGUACACUUGCAAAACUGUUAGCUUCCGCGGUUUGGGGUGGUACAUAUGGCCCCCCCAGUCGGCUACUUGAUGAGUAACUGAGCAAUAGGUGGACUUGCUGUAGUUUUAGCUGACUAGGUCCAGAUGAAUAAGAAACACACUUUAGCAUUAGCUUUCAGUCUCGGUCAUAAUCCGCUGUAGUUCAAACUGAGUGUAUUCAUUAUGUGUACUUGAUAGCCUUGGGGUUUUUAUGUUAGCAGCCAGUUUGGUAGAUCCACCACCUUUACUCGUUGCUGAUUCCGAAUCGUACUGUUGUGCGCAUGUGCAGGUGCAUCCAUGUGGUGUGUGUUAGAAUAGCUCUACCCCAGGAAUAUCCCCAGUUUAUCCCGACAGAUUAGGCCGCUUAAAUCUCUUAGGUUCAAGGCACCUUUGUUUCCUUGCCCACUGUAGUACAUAAGGAUAGUGGGGACAGAUUUGAGGGCCUAACCUUUUGACAAGACCACAAGCCCCCCACCCUCCCGAAAACCCUUAACCCACAUUACAUUCUCAAGUGUACCUACACCCAGAACAAAAGAUAACCAAAGACCUCAUGCCCGGCCUUGUGCUGACGAUUGCCAUCAAAAACAAGCGGCGUGGAGUCGGUGAACCCAAACGAUCCGAACCUUGUUGUCUGCAAUUACAGGACCUCCUACUGCCACACACACCGCAGGGUGUGUCAGUGAGGCCAGUGAGUCGACCUUAUGCACGUUAAAGCAGAAUUUACAGACCGCAUGCAUCGAUUCUCGGAACACCUUGUGUGUUGCAAGUCUAAAGGAAAUUAUUGAAUCCGUAACCAGAUUUUAGACACAGGAUCCUUUAACUAAUACUAGCACAACCUCGUUUUCAUGACCUUUUCCUGCCAACUUUUACCGGUAAGUAGCUCCAAAUAUCGGACGGAAAUCUACAUUAAGCGUUGUAAUCAGAACUUGUUUUGAGGGUAAAGGGGGGCCUAUUUUGUUUUGUUUUCAAAGUCAACAAAGAUGUACAGUAAAAGGGGACAAAAACAUUUUUUGGAAUUAGCAAAGUAUAAAUUUGGAACACCGUUAUGAAUAACGAGGCCCUUUUCGCCAUCCUGCUGAGGUGAAGUGACACUACUGAUUGGGGUAGGACAGGUGUUAUUCCAUCAAUCCAGCUGUCGUCCUGUGAUUGCUCAACCAAUUUGAUCACAAACGGAGAAAAUGAAGCGAGCGCUGUCUCUUCACGUUGCUUUGCUGUAUCGUGUGAAAAAAGGCGUGCACCUAUAUUUGAACAGCGUGGCACGUAUUGUUUGUUGUUGUCAUUCUUUCGGGGGGGGAGCACAUCUCUUCUAUGUGAGAAUAUUGCCUGACGCCAUCCUUGUGAAAUGUUCAGCUGUCUCAAAUUUAAGCUGCACUCAGCCCCAUUUGUUGGGUGAUCUGAAACACUUCAUGACGAUGAAGUGGGGUUUUUUUUCUUGCUUUUAUUUCUUUGUGAUCUUGUAAUUCAAGCUUGAAAUAAGCGUACUAAUCAACUGUUGAAUGAGUAUAAACGUGCUCUGUUGUUGAAUAACAAACCUAAAUCUCCACCAUGAUGGAUUUGUCACUCCAAAUGGGAUGAGUGUAGUAUUAGGAGGGAACCUAUUGAGUUUCUGAAUGGUCACUGGACGGCUUACAAUAUUCCACAAACUACAUAGAAAGAUGUUUUGUAUGCUCGCGUUUUAUUAUUAUUAUUAUUUAAGAAGAAAACAAAACUCCCAAAUGUAUCUGAAUCUUGUGCAAGCACUGAUUGGUCGAGGUAAAGAUCGCUCAAGUCAGCAGGGAGGAAACGUAUUUUUACCUUCAAUUGUCCAAAAAGCUUAAGACUAAUUCUGCUGUUUACAUCAGAUUGCUGUUUGCAUCCACACAAUGCUGUAUGUUUUUUUUUGUUUUGUUUUGUUUGAAUAUAUUUAUUUUUGAGGAAAGAUUUUAAUUUCUCUAUGGGACUGGCAUUGCCCCUGGUUGUCUGGUCUUACUGGAGGGACCCGACUGGGGGAUCAUGGGCAAUGUCCUCCGUCUCAUUUCAUUCUUACUUUUUGUUUUAGCUUUUAUUUAUUGAUAGAUUUGUUGUGCUGUCAUUUAAUAUGGAAAUAGAAACGAAACAAGGUUGGCUCUAUGUAAAGAAGAGAAAAAUGAAUGGGAAACUAAAUUGUAUAAAAUAAUUGUAGUGUAAAUCUAUCAAUGUCUUAUUAUAUUGAUGAACAUCAUAAAAUAUAUGUAUAUUGGAAAACA